UGCAAAUCUUGUUACUGAAAACAAUCUACUGAGUAAAGUAUUUACUUUGAACCAUGGGUGAUAAGGACGAUGUUGAUAGUCGGUUAGAAUUUCUCAGCGAAUAUCUUUUAAGGACACUUAAGCAAAAAAUUGAAAAAUGGAACAAGUUCAUAACAGGAGAGGAGAGGCAUCUACUGUACAAGUUCUUCGACAAUCCGAAAUACGAGAUUCUCGUGUUUCGAAUGAACACGGCCGGCCUGCUGACUUGUUCGUUUUCCUUCCCGCCUCAAAAUAGAGGGAAAAUGGUUUACUUUCUACGCAAUAUAGACGACAAAAUAACGCAGGCUAACUUUCGAAAGUGUCUAACAAUAGGAGAAAUAUCAGGAAAUGUCCUGAUGGAUUUGAGCGUUAUGGCUGACGAGGUGAUCGGGCCCCUACUGUGUAACCCAGAUAAUCAGAAGGGCUGGCCGAAGAUAGUCAAAAACGAUAUGAAGAGGCACGUCAAUGAUCUAAGGAGUUUAAUGCACCAACUAAAAGGAGAAAUGGCCAGUCAGAUAAUGCUUCCGAUGCCGGAAGGUGUGGAAACUAUUUAUCACGCUGAAGCAAGACUAAAAGAAACUGAUUCAGAAAGCGUAGAUCUUCAGUUGAAGACAAAUAUAGAAGGAGCUAUAAUAAAGUGGGCACAACAGGUCCAUGAUCUAUUGCAAGAAGAUUCUUAUUUAGCGUUUAAAAGAACAAAGUUUCCACUGCCUAUCGCCGAUAUAGAAUUCUACACAGCCAGAUUGCGUAACCUCGAAGGGAUUUAUUCGCAAUUACGGGACCCUCGAGUUAAGCGAAUGGCAAAUUACCUCGAGGCAACCCGAAGUGUUUACUUUAAUUGCUUCAAAUCUAUGCUCACAAAUGUGGUAGCUGCUAUUAUAGAAUGCCGAAACAUUUACGUGUACCAAAAGCCGUUGAUACAGCACUUCGAAAAUUUUGAAGGCACUGAUUUCUCUGAUGCUAAGCCUCUUAUUAGACCCAUGUUUCACUGCAUCGGUUUGCUUUGGGGAAACUCCCGAUACUUUUGUAGUGUCGAAAAGUUAAUACCACUAUUACGGGAAGUGUGCAAUCUGGUUAUCCAGCAGUGCACAAACUCCAUCGAUCCGCCCUCAAUAUUCCAAGGAGAUGCUGACGAGCAGUUGUUGAAAUUGAGGAAGGCUAUGGGAAUAUUGAACCAUUUUAUCGAAACUUACGAAUUAAAUCGCGACAAAGUUCACACAUUCUUUCCUGCGGGCGUGAUGGCCGUGCGCUGGUCUUUCGACUUCAAUCGUGUAUUUAUGCGCUUUAACAUCUAUAUGCAAAGGCUGAAAAUGAUUGAGGACAUUGUAGCGGCAACUGUUGAAGUUCUGAAGUUGGAAAAGGUCGAGUUUUCCGGACUUAGAGGCAAAACUUUGAGUACGGAAUGUUUGAAGGUGUUGGAAGAAUACACGAUAAUAUAUCAGCAGCUUGGUAACAUUGUGUACGAUCCAGCAGAUCCCGAAGAUAACAGAUUUUUAUCAGAUUACGACAAACACAUGCAUGUGCUCGAGGAUGUCGAUAGAAAACUGGCUUCCCUUUUCUCGCAGGGUUUGGAUGAGUGUAAUGAUUUGGAACACUUUUUCAAAUUUUUCCAAAUAAUUGGUGAUUUGUUCCAUCGACCUAUCAUUAAAGCGGAGUUAAAACCCAAGGUGGCUAAAGUGCUCACUUUCAUGCACACAAAUUUGGACCAAGUAAAGGAAAUAUUUGACGAAGAAAUGGCGAAAAUAAAUCCAAAAGGUGGAGAGAGGCCAAUGGUUGAUCCGUAUUUGCCGCCAGUAAGCGGCAUGCUCUGGUGGAUUUAUAAACAACGGUCAAGAUUGCAGCUUCCAAUGGAGGAUUUCAUUUUAUUUGAAGACCCUAUCACAGAGUGCGAAAAUGCCGUAUACCUUAAACAGAAGCACAACGAAAUGCUGGGCUACCUGAAUCAAGUUGAAGAUAGACAGUUUAAGCAGUGGAGUGCAACGGUGCCCACCAUCUGUAAAACUUAUCUUGCUAAGAACCUUAUAUACAGAGAUCCGCCGUUCGUCCGGAAUAAUUUUAGUCCUGAGCUGGUGAUGCUGUUGCGAGAAAUACGUUACAUGAAGUACUUGGAUAAGCAAGGCAUACCACCAGAUGGCUUAGAAUUGUACGCAAGAAAUGAAAAAUUACAGUAUGACAUGAAUCGUCUUAAUCGUGCCAUAUCUUGGUAUAAUGCAAUACGAGAGGGCAGUCAUGAAACUGAAGUCGCGCUAAUAGAAAAAGAAAUAUCAGCAAUUGAUGAUCUCCUUGGAAGGGGCGUUGAGGAACUAACUUGGAACGAUGAUUUCACAGAAUGGAUGGCUGAAGUGUACGCAGCCAUUAACACGCUUCAAGAACGAGUUCUGACAGCCCAGAAUAAUGUUCGGACCGGUCUAACAAAUAUCUCGGCGUGGGGUGAUAAACCAUUGCAUAAUCGUAAAGAAAACCCGGAAAAAUUAGAACUCCUGGCUGUGAAUGAACGACAUUCCAGAUUUGCUAUACGGAGUAAGAAGAUCCUAGAGAGUCAUGCAGAGUUUCAACAUAUAUUGAUAAAUAAUUACAAGUUGUUUUUCAACAUCCAAGAGGAGGAAGAGUCUGACGUAGAAGAGAAAGAACUCGAAGAAGUGGACGAAGCAACUCUUGAUGAAGACGAGAAACUAGCGAGAAGACAAAAAAUCCAGCAAAUGAUGGAAGAUAGAGAAGCAAAGCGAUUAGCUAAAGAGCAGAGGGAGAUAGAGAAAGCCGAGUUAGAACGAAUUAAGUUCGAAAGAAGAGAGAAGCGAAGGAUUAAAAGAGAUGCUAAGGAAGCUGCGAAAAAAGAGCGUCAGGCACUAAGAGAAGCAGGUGAGGAAGUAGACUCACCCGCAGAGGAAGAAGAAGAAGAACUAGAUCCCGAAGAGCUAGCAGAUAUUGAGGACGAGCGACGUGAGAUGGAAGCAGAAGCCUUCCGCGCUGAACGAUGGCCUGCUUACGUGAAAUACGUUGAUUCGCUGGUAUCAGUGCAAAUAAUGAAAGCAGUACAAUCUAGUCUAGAUCUUUUUGAAAAACAAACUGAUUUGGAGAAGGGACCGAGGGUGGCUUUUAUGGAUGUUAUUGCUGAACUCAGGGAUCCCGAUAUAUAUUUCUCCCCAUCACUGGAUGUUGACGAUAGCGGUGGUCUGUAUGAUACACUGAAAGAAAUGAUGAAGGAUAUGUUCCUACAAGCAACACUGUUCCCAAGAAUUGAUCCAAUCGUGCCCCUCGAUAGUUACGAAGAUGAUAUAAAAAAAGAGGAUGCAAUGAUAGAUCUCUACCACGAUAUAUUAAAACGGGUUGAAAAUAGUAUUAAUGAUGUGGUACAAUAUGCCUCGAAAUACGAGAAAUACGCACAACUAUGGCUAGAGGACAGACAGGAAGUAUUGACUGGUUUUAUGAAGUAUGGACGCGUGAUUCCACCCGAGGAGUUCGACAAAUAUCACUACGAAAAUGGCUGUGAUCCGCCUGAAGUUAAACCUAAACUAGAACAAUACCAACACGAGAUCGACAAAUACAAUACGCUAUACAAUGAGCUGUCAGGCUUACCUAGUGAGUAUCUUUGCAACGGUUGGUUAAAACUUGACUUGAAGCGACUCAACCAGGCGAUUAUGAACAUCAUAUGCAAGUGGAGUAACCUCUACAAACAAAAUCUUAAGGAUCAUGUGCAGAUGAGCCUCGAUGAUUUAGAGAAAUUCAUUUUAUACGCUACCAAAGAAUUAACGGUUGAGUUGCCAGAGGACGAUUAUGAAGGUCUACUAAAAGUGAUGGGCGUACUCAAUGAAGUUAGAGCUAAAGUGGACACUGGUACCGAAAUGAUGUUUGAGCCUCUGAGGGACAUUAUUUACAUUCUCAAGGAAUAUGGCGUUGAAUUCCCCGACGAGACUUAUGAACAGCUGGAUAUACUGCCAGAGAAGUGGCGUAAUCUCGUGAAGUUGGCGACAGUGAUGAAGAACGAGGUGGCACCGAUGCAGGCUGCACAAGCUGCCCUCAUCGCCAAACGCGUCGCAUUAAUCAGUCUGCGCAUCGCUAUGUACAGGGAGCAGUUUGGGUUCAAGGAUCUGUUCUACGAAAGAUGCAAGGAGCCUUACAGGCAAAUAGACAAAACCCAUCGAGAGCUCUUACAAUUUGAAGAUGUAGUGAAAACUUUGAAGAAAUCUAGCAGUUUGUUUGACAUACAACCACCUGAUGAGAAGAAUCUUAAGCAAUGUCGACGUGAACUAAAACUUGCGAAACAACUUUGGGAUUACUAUAAUCUCGUUAUGGGUACGAUAGAAUUCUGGAAGAAAUCUCCAUGGAAGAAGAUCGAUGCUGAUGGCAUGGACCAGGAGUGCAAACGUUUUACAAAAGAUCUCCGACAAUUGGAUAAGGAAAUGAGAACAUGGGAGCCAUAUCUUACCAUAGAAGCAACAAUAAAGAAUUUGAUGACUUCAUUGCGUGCAGUGACUGAUCUGCAGAAUCCUGCCAUAAAAGACAGACAUUGGGUUGAGUUGAUGAUGGCAACAAAGGUAAAGUUCAAUAUUACUGAUGAUACAACACUAGCAGAUUUAUUAGCAUUGAAUCUCCACAAAUUCGAGGAAGAAGUCAAGACUAUUGUCGAUAAAUCUGUUAAGGAGGCGGCAAUGGAUAAAACUCUCAAGGAAUUGGAGGCAACAUGGGCUGUAAUGGAAUUUGAAUAUACAACCCACGAUAGAACUGGUGCUAAGCUGCCCAAAGCGAGCGAAGAACUAGUUGAGACCCUUGAGGACAAUCAGAACCAAGUCCAAAACAUGAUGUCAUCUAAGUUUAUCGCCUUCUACGAGGAAGAAGUGACAGCCUGGCAAAAGAAGCUUGGCACCGCAGACGCCGUUAUCGCGAUAUGGUUCGAAGUUCAACGCAAAUGGCAAUACCUGGAGAGUAUCUUUGUAGGCUCUGAUGAUAUUCGCUCUCAAUUGCCUGAAGACUCCAGAAGAUUUGAUAAUGUUGAUAAGACUUUUAAGGAACUGUUAAAAGACAUAGGAAAUACGCCAAAUGUCAUUCAAGCUACAAAUAAACCUGGACUGCUGGACAAGUUAGAAGAUCUAAUGGCAGCACUAAAUCUGUGUGAGAAGGCUCUCAAUGAUUAUUUGGAGACGAAACGCUUGGCGUACCCACGGUUUUACUUCGUGUCCUCGGCUGAUUUACUCGACAUUUUGUCUAAUGGAAAUAAUCCGCCAGCAGUAUGUCGGCAUUUGUCUAAAUUGUACGACAACUUAGCUAAAUUAGUGUUCGUUAAGCCGGGAAGCAAACAUGCCUUUGAGAUGAUAUCUAAAGAGAAUGAAGAACAUGUGCCGUUUAAGGCUCCGUGUUGCGAUUGUUCCGGUAAGGUCGAAUCGUGGCUAAACCGAGUGACAGAUUGCAUGCGAUACACACUCCGCGAUAUAUUCGAGCACAGCGUAAAGUCUUACGAGGACAAACCUCGUGACGAAUGGGUGUUCGAUUGGCCAGCUCAGCCUGCGCUGGUUGGUACACAGAUCUGGUGGACUACGGAGACUAAUCAAGCUUUUGAAAAACUUGAAGAGGGUUAUGAAGGUGCCCUCAAAGAUUACCAGAAGAAACAAAUUGCACAGCUCAAUGCGUUAAUUGUUUUACUACUGGGCGAUUUGACUGUCGGUGAUAGGCAGAAGAUUAUGACUAUUUGUACCAUCGAUGUACAUUCAAGAGACGUCGUGGCAAAGCUAAUUGUCGCUAAAGUGGAAACGAGUGCAGCUUUCCAAUGGCAGAGUCAGUUGAGGCAUCGAUGGGAUCUUAAGGCGAACAAUUGUUUUGCAAAUAUUUGCGACGCUCAAUUCCUCUACGAUUAUGAAUACUUGGGGAACACACCGCGUCUCGUAAUCACUCCAUUGACAGACAGAUGCUAUAUAACGCUAACACAGAGUCUCCAUUUGGUUAUGGGCGGAGCUCCCGCUGGACCAGCUGGUACUGGUAAAACGGAAACUACGAAGGAUCUGGGAAGGGCUUUGGGUAUAAUGGUCUAUGUGUUUAACUGCUCCGAACAGAUGGACUACAAGUCUUGCGGAAAUAUUUACAAGGGACUUGCUCAAACUGGCGCAUGGGGUUGCUUUGAUGAGUUCAAUAGAAUAUCUGUUGAAGUGUUAUCUGUCGUGUCAGUUCAAGUUAAGAGUGUCCUUGACGCUAUUAAGGCUAAGAAGAAGAAGUUUGAUUUUAUGGGAGAAUUUAUUUCUCUCAUUCCAACAAUCGGUAUGUUCAUCACCAUGAAUCCCGGAUACGCAGGGAGAACAGAGUUACCUGAAAACUUAAAGGCUCUUUUCAGACCAUGUGCAAUGGUAGUGCCAGAUUUCGAAUUGAUUUGUGAAAUCAUGUUGGUAGCAGAAGGCUUCCAGGAUGCCCGUCUCCUGGCGCGAAAGUUCAUUACGCUUUACACUCUAUGUAAGGAACUGCUGUCCAAGCAAGAUCAUUAUGAUUGGGGUUUGAGAGCGAUCAAAUCUGUACUCGUCGUGGCUGGCUCUUUAAAGAGAGGAGAUCGUUUGAGACCAGAAGAUCAAGUGUUGAUGAGAGCCUUGAGAGAUUUCAACAUCCCCAAAAUAGUAACAGAUGAUACGCCAGUGUUUAUGGGUUUGAUCGGUGAUUUGUUCCCUGCCCUGGACGUACCGAGGAAGCGAGAUUUCGAUUUUGAAAAGCGACUUGUAGAAGGCGCUAUAUCUAUGAAACUUCAGCCCGAACCAGGUUUCAUUUUAAAGAUGGUACAGCUAGUGGAAUUAUUCGCCGUACGUCACUCUGUAUUUAUUGAUGGUUUCGCGGGCACCGGGAAAUCCAUGGUCUGGCAGUGCCUCAACAAAACGUACCAAAUGUUGAAAAUGAAACCGUACUAUAACGACCUUGAUCCGAAAGCAGUUACCAAUGACGAGUUAUUUGGUAUUAUUAACCCAGCAACUAGGGAAUGGAAGGACGGACUGUUUUCAACAAUAAUGCGGGAUAUGGCAAAUAUGCCAGGCGAUGGUCCUAAGUGGAUAGUGCUUGAUGGGGAUAUUGAUCCAAUGUGGAUCGAGAGCUUGAACACUUUGAUGGAUGACAAUAAGGUACUAACGUUAGCCAGUAAUGAACGUAUAGCCUUAACUAAAUCAAUGAGAUUACUGUUUGAGAUAGCUACACUUAGAACUGCUACGCCUGCUACAGUGUCUCGUGCUGGAAUCUUGUAUAUAAAUCCUCAAGAUUUAGGAUGGAAUCCAUUUGUUGCAUCAUGGAUUGAUACAACUCGUGAUGAUGAAUCAGAAAAGGCAAUGCUAACAGUUAUGUUCGACAAGUACAUUCCAUCCCUAUUGGAAUCUUGUAAAAAGUAUAAACGAAUAACGCCACUGAGCGAAUUGCAACAGAUACAGCUGACGUGCUAUUUGUUGGAGUGCUUCCUUAAUAAAAAUUUACUACCCAGUGAUUGUCCAAAGGAAUGGUAUGAGACCUACUUCGUCUUUUGCGUUGUCUGGGGCUUUGGGUCAGGGCUCUUCCAGGAUCAACUAGUCGAUUGGCGAAAUGAGUUUAGCAAAUGGUUCUGCAAUGAGUUUAAACAAAUAAAGUUUCCAUCGACCGGAAAUGUCUUUGGUUUUUUCAUAGAUCCAGAAACCAAAAAGUUUUUGCCGUGGGCUGAAAGGGUUGAGGCUUUUGAACUAGACCCAGAUAUACCACUUCAGUCAUGUCUAGUAUCAACGUCUGAGACAACUCGAAUCCGAUUCUUCAUGGACUUGCUGAUCGCUAAGCAGAAACCAGUGAUGCUUGUGGGCAGUGCCGGUAGCGGCAAAACGGUCAGCGUAGCGGCUAAACUCAACUCCCUGUCCGAUAACUACGCCAUAACCAAUGUACCUCUGAACUUUUACACUACUUCAGAAAUGAUCCAAAAGGUUUUGGAGAAACCGUUAGAAAAGAAGUCGGGACGCAGCUUCGGGCCACCAGGCAGCAAGUUUAUGAUUUACUUCGUGGACGAUUUGAACAUGCCCGAAGUAGAUACUUACGGGACGGUUCAGCCACAUACACUCAUCAGGCAGUUCAUGGAUUAUCACCAUUGGUACGACAGACAGAAGUUAACCCUAAAAGAAAUAGCGAAUUGCAUGUUUGUUUCGUGCAUGAAUCCGACGGCCGGAUCCUUCACUAUCGAUCCGAGAUUGCAACGACACUUCUCUACUUUCGCUGUCAGUUUCCCAGGCCUAGAUGCUUGCUUCCAUAUCUACAAGCAGAUUCUGUACCAACAUCUGGCCAAUCCGGCCAACAAGUUCAACGUCCAGGUGCAACGCUACGCAGAACCGCUGGUCAACUGUGCGCUGGCUCUCCACUCCAAACUAGCUUCCACUUUCCUGCCAACCGCCAUUAAGUUCCACUACAUAUUCAACUUGAGGGAUUUGUCUAAUAUAUUCCAGGGAAUAUUGUUCACCACGGGCGAUGCUGUAAAGUUGUCAUCAGAACUGAUAAGGUUGUGGCUACACGAGGCAACUCGCGUGUACUCCGACAAACUAGUUGACUCCGCCGAUAAUGACAUCUUCGCCAAACUCAUCGCUGACACCAUCAAAAAGAAUUGUGAAGAGUUCGACGAAAACAUAGUAUUUGAGAAGCCAUUGAUUUAUUGUCAUUUCGCUGAGGGUAUCGGAGACCCGAAAUACUUCCCGAUAAAAGAUUGGGCACAAAUUAAAAAACUGCUUGACGAAUCUCUUUCGUCUUAUAACGAUCUUGUUGCUUCGAUGAAUCUAGUGCUUUUCGAGGAUGCUAUGUAUCAUAUUUGCAGAAUAAAUCGUAUCCUGGAAGCACCACGUGGUAACGCACUGCUAGUGGGCGUGGGAGGUUCUGGAAAGCAGUCACUGUCUCGACUAUCAGCGUUCAUCUCCUCUCUUGAAGUAUUUCAGAUACAAUUGCGCAAGGGAUACAGUAUAAACGACCUCAAAGUUGAUCUUGCGGCGCUGAACAUUAAGGCGGGUCUGAAAAACAUCGGAAGCAUGUUUCUAAUGACAGAUGGUCAAGUUGCUGAAGAGAGGUUCCUCGUCCUCAUCAAUGAUUUACUAGCAUCCGGUGAAAUACCCGAACUGUUCGCUGAUGAUGAGAUCGAGAAUAUUAUUAACGGUGUCAGAGGAGAGACCAAAGCUUCUGGUGUGCAAGAUACACGCGAAAAUUGCUGGAGGUUCUACAUUAAUAGAGUUCGGACAAUGUUAAAGGUCGUGCUAUGUUUCUCUCCUGUGGGUGCAACACUUAGAGUGCGUGCGCGAAAAUUCCCCUCAAUCGUCAACUGCACCGCCAUCAACUGGUUCCACGAGUGGCCGCAGGAGGCUCUGCGCUCCGUAUCUAAGAGAUUCAUCGCUGAAGUCGAGGCUUUACCGCCACACCUGAUAGAGCCAGUCGCGGCGUUCAUGUCACACGUACAUCAAAGUGUGAAUCAAAUGUCAGCAGUGUACUUUACAAACGAGCGUCGGUACAAUUACACGACGCCAAAAACUUUCCUAGAACAGAUUUCCUUAUAUUCGAGGCUGUUGACUGAGAAGACCAAGAAUUUAAAGAUGAUGAUAUUUAGACUUGAAAAUGGUCUCGAGAAACUGGCGUCCUGCGCUGCCGAUGUAGCUGUUCUAAAGGUAACACUUGCCGAGCAAGAAAUAAUAUUGAAGGUUAAAAAUAAAGCAGCUGAAGAACUUAUUGAAGUAGUGGGUGCUGAGAGUGAAAAAGUGUCAAAAGAAAAAGCUUUCGCUGCGGAAGAGGAGAAGAAAGUAAAAGUUAUAGAAGAGGAUGUAACAAUAAAAGCGAAGAUUUGCGCCGACGACUUGGCCAAGGCCGAGCCAGCGUUGAUCGCAGCCCAGGAGGCUUUGAAUACAUUAAAUAAGAACAAUUUGACUGAACUGAAGUCCUUUGGUUCGCCACCUGACGCUGUAGUUAAUGUAACAGCUGCCGUACUCGUACUGUUUUCAAAGAAAGGCAAAAUACCCAAGGACAGGUCGUGGAAAGCUUGUAAGCUUAUGAUGGCUAAGGUCGAUCAAUUUCUAUACGAUCUCGUUUACUACGACAAAGAAAACAUUCAUCCAGAUGUUAUCAAGGCCGUAAUGCCGUACAUAAAGAACCCUGAAUUCAAUGCGGAGUUCAUAAUGUCCAAGUCAGCUGCGGCCGCCGGGCUUUGUUCCUGGGUUAUAAACAUCGUGAAGUUCUACGAUGUGUACGUGGUCGUAGAGCCCAAACGGAGGGCUCUCAAUGCUGCCAACGCUGAGCUACAAGCUGCCAGGGACAAGCUCUCAUUCCUCACUGAUCAGAUUCACGAACUCGAAGAGAAACUGGAAGAGUUGCUAAAAGCUUUCCAAGAAGCCGUCAACGAGAAAAUUAAAUGCCAAGCGGAGGCUGAUGCCACAAACGCAACUAUUGAUCUAGCUAACAGAUUAGUCAAUGGCUUAGCAUCAGAGAAAAUAAGGUGGUCAGCAACAGUGGUGAAUCUAAAGGAAUCUGGUGUAUUGUUGCCGGGAGAUGUUUUGCUCGUGACAGCUUUCAUCUCUUACGUCGGUUGCUUUACACGUCGCUACCGAUUGCUGCUAAUGGAUGAGGAUUGGGUUCCUACGCUUCAUAAGACAGAUCCUAAAAUCGAAACAACUGAAGGUCUGGAGCCUUUGACGAUGUUAACAGACGAUGCACAAGUGGCGACUUGGAAUAACGAGGGGCUGCCCAGCGAUAACAUGAGUACGGAGAACGCAACCAUACUUACGAAUUCAGCAAGAUGGCCGCUCAUGAUUGAUCCGCAACUGCAAGGAAUAAAAUGGAUAAAGUCCCGAUACGGCGACGCACUUGUAGUAAUCAGAUUAACACAGCGGAACUAUCUGGAUCGUAUAGAGCGUGCUGUUAGCAAUGGUGAUGUUGUACUGCUUGAAAACAUAGGGGAGUCAGUCGAUGCUGUACUUGAACCAUUGCUUGGACGCGUGCUUAUUCGCAAAGGACGAGUGCUAAAGAUUGGUGACAGAGAAAUAGAUUAUCAUGUGAAUUUUAGACUUGUGCUUCAAACAAAACUAGCAAAUCCUCACUAUCAGCCUGAAAUGCAAGCGCAAUGUACAUUAAUAAACUUUACUGUGACAAGAGAUGGUCUGGAAGAACAGUUAUUAGGAGAAGUAGUCAAAGCGGAAAGACCCGAUCUUGAAGCCCUUCGUGCUGGUUUGACGAAACAGCAAAACGAUUUCAAAAUCACAUUAAAAAGUUUAGAAGAUGAUUUGUUAAAGCGCUUGUCAUCGGCUGGACCUGAUAUCCUCAGCGAUUCAGCUUUAGUGAUAAAUUUAGAAACGACUAAGAAAACAGCUGCAGACAUUGAAAUAAAAGUAGAGGAAGGAAAGGUUACUGCGGUUAAGAUUGAUGAAGCACGUGAAAGAUAUAGACGCGCUGCGACUCGUGCUUCCAUGCUGUAUUUCAUCUUAAACGACCUGUGUAAGAUAAACCCGAUGUACCAGUUCUCUCUUAAAGCAUACAGUGUUGUAUUCAAAGAUGCGCUAAAUAGGGCUCAAGCUGCCGAUGAGCUGGACGCCAGAGUUGCUAAUCUUUUGGAUAGUAUUACUUUUGCUGUGUUUGUGUAUACCAGUAGAGGAUUGUUUGAGAGAGAUAAACUCGUAUUCUUAUUCCUUAUCACGCUGCAGGUAUUGCAAACAGAAGGGAAAGUAGAUCCGAGAGAGCUAGAUUUCCUGCUUAAGUAUGCUGUAGCACCAGCGAGCUCUCCUUACUCGUGGCUAUCAAAUAACGCAUGGGGUGGUAUUAUUGCGCUCUCAAAAAUGGACGCAUUCGAAAACCUUGAUAAGGACAUCGAAGGAGCAACAAAAAGGUGGCAAAAGUAUACAGACGGUGAGGCUCCCGAGCGAGACAAACUGCCGGGCGAAUGGAAGAAUAAGUCGUCCCUGCAACGACUCUGCAUACUGCGUGCGCUCAGACCUGAUCGAAUGUCUUAUGCAUCUGGAGCAUUCUGUGAAGAAAAUCUUGGAACAAAAUACGUUGAGGCAAGGACUCCGCCGCUGGAGAAGUCAUUCGAGGAAAGUACGUGUACAACGCCUAUGUUCUUCAUCCUAUCGCCAGGAGUAGAUCCGUUAAAGGAUGUUGAAAAAUUGGGUCGCAAACUGGGUUUUUCAACGGACAAAAGAAAUUUCCACAUUGUGUCGCUUGGCCAAGGUCAAGAGGUGGUGGCCGAGGAAGCCAUGGGCGUAUCUGCGGUGAAUGGCGACUGGGUCAUCUUGCAAAACGUACAUUUAGUGGCGAAGUGGCUGGCAACCCUGGAAAAGAAGAUGGAGGAGACCUUUGAAAACCCUCUUCCGGGCUAUAGGCUCUUCCUUAGCGCAGAACCGGCAGCUGAUGCCGCUUACCACAUCAUCCCCCAAGGGAUUUUGGAAUCUGCAAUCAAAAUAACAAAUGAGCCCCCCAUUGGAAUGUGGGCAAACUUGCAUAAGGCUUUAGAUAACUUCAGUCAAGAGACGCUUGAAAUGUGCAGUAAGGAAGCGGAGUUCAAGGCUGUAUUAUUUGCCUUAUGCUAUUUCCACGCUGUGGUCGCCGAACGACGUAAAUUCGGCCCGCAAGGCUGGAAUCGAGUGUAUCCAUUCAACUUCGGCGACUUGACAAUAUGCGUGUACGUCCUGUUCAACUAUCUGGAGGCCAAUCCUCGAGUACCUUGGGAGGAUCUCAGGUAUCUGUUCGGCGAGAUCAUGUACGGCGGUCACAUCACCGAUGACUGGGACAGGAGACUGUGCCGAACUUUCCUACUUGAGUACAUGCAGGCAGAACUAGUUGAUGGGGAAUUGACUCUUGCACAAGGAUUCAUUUCACCACCGAAUUCGGACUACGUGGGAUACCACCAGUAUAUUGAUGACUUCUUACCUGAUGAGACGCCGUAUCUCUAUGGACUACAUCCUAAUGCAGAGAUAGGCUAUCUGACCACGGUGUCUGAACGUCUAUUUAAGGUUGUGUUUGAGAUGCAACCACGUGAUGCCGGAGCUCAAGCAGGCGGUGGAGCUAGCAAGGAGGAAAUGGUGCGAUACAUUUUGGACGAUAUCAUGGAUAGGGUGCCAGAACCGUUCAAUCUUCAAGAGCUGAUGGGGAAGGUUGAGGAGCUAACCCCGUACACUAUCGUAGCGUUGCAAGAGUGCGAGCGGAUGAACAGACUCAUGGGGGAGAUCAGACGAUCUUUGAAGGAAUUAGAGCUGGGUUUGAAGGGCGAGUUAACAAUCAGCAGUGACAUGGAAAAAUUAAUGGAAUCGCUGUUCAUGGACAAAGUGCCGGACUCCUGGACUAAACUGGCCUAUCCCAGUUUGCUGGGCCUCGCAGCGUGGUUCUCAGAUCUGUGUUUACGUCUUGUUGAACUCGAAAACUGGUCCGGUGACUUUAAUCUACCACCAGCGGUAUGGCUGGCCGGUUUCUUCAACCCGCAGUCAUUCCUCACGGCCAUCAUGCAACAGACGGCGCGUAAGAACGAGUGGCCGCUAGACAAGAUGUGUCUCAACUGUGACGUCACCAAAAAGAACAGAGGAGACUUCAACGCGCCUCCUCGAGAAGGCGCAAAUAUCCACGGUUUAUACAUGGAAGGGGCGCGCUGGGACACCGCUACGGGGGGCAUUGUCGAAUCUUACAUGAUGGAGCUGUUCCCAAUGAUGCCUGUCAUCUAUAUCAAGGCCGUCACUCAGGAUAAACAGGACACGCGCAAUGUUUAUGAGUGCCCAGUAUACAAAGUGCGAAUGCGUGGCCCCACUUUCGUGUGGACGUUUAAUCUGAAGACGAAGGAUAAACCAACUCGGUGGACUCUUGCCGGCGUCGCUUUGCUACUGGGCGUGUAGAAAGAAGCAUUGAUACCUACGAGUGCUACUAUUACGACUAUACGACUGACUAAUGCUACUUAUUUUGUUGCUUUGAUUGUUUUGAUGCUUUAUUUCAUUUCACUUUUUGUGGUGAAAGUAAAUAUAUGACAACGCCUAUAAUUCCCUAAUAAUUUGGCUUUGACUCUUCACGAGAGUCUAUGAUGAAUAGUAAUGAUUAAUUACUGCAUGUAUGUGCUUUUCUACUUAGUCUGUAACUUACUCCUAGUUUAUUAUUUAUGGUUAUCA